GCACAGCGAUACGAAAAAAAGAGAAAGAUUUACCUUGUGUUGUUGACAUCAUAAUGUCAUCCCUCAGAAACACACUGCGGGAUUUGUUAGCAGUCUACAAAACUCUCAUCGUGUUGAUUACACCAUUAAUACUAAUUGUGGUACCGCUGUCAUGGAAUACAACGGAGGGAAAAUGUGCUUAUGGACUACUACUUAUGGCUGUGUACUGGGUGACAGAAGCGCUCCCUCUAGCGGCGACGGCGCUGCUUCCGGUCCUCGUAUUUCCUUUGUUGGGUGUGAUGAAAGCAUCCGAAUUGAGCAGCAACUAUAUAAAGGAAUCUUCCAUAUUUGGUCUUGGAGGACUGAUGAUUGCCAUAGCUGUUGAGAAAUGGAAUCUACACAAAAGAAUAGCUCUACGAGCAUUGCUUAUGGUUGGAUCUGAACCAAAAUGGUUGAUGUUCGGUUUUAUGUUACCUACUUGGUUUCUGUCUAUGUGGGUGAGCAACACAGCGACCACCGCCAUGAUGAUCCCUAUAGUGGGAGCGGUUCUGGAUGAAUUCAAACUCGUUAAAAAAGCAUCACAUGCUGAUGAGAUAGUAUUGACAGAGACAACAAAUGGAGUUGUGAAAACAACUGACGUUACAAUCGCCGUUAAUGGGAAUAAGAAAGAAGAGGCGCCAAAACAGGACGAGAUUAAUCGACCGAAUGACAAGAAUAGCACAAAACCCAACAACAUGGAGAAUAUCUUUGACGGCAAGGAGAAUAGUGAGAGCUACAUCAGGAUGUGUAAGGGAAUGUCCCUGUGUGUGGCGUACGCUGCCAACAUUGGGGGCACGGGGUCACUGUCAGGAACAGGCCCAAACCUCAUCAUGCAGGGACAAGCUGACCAAAUUUUCCAAGCAUAUGGAAUGGAGAAUUCCGGGGUUAAUUUUGCCAGUUGGAUGGUGUUUGCAUUACCAGGUUCAAUCAUCUGUGUUCUGUUAGCGUGGCUGUGGCUGUCCUUCUAUUUCCUGGGAUGGAGAGGAUUAGUUUGCAAGCGCCACACUAAAAGUAAUGAUAGAGUGCAAGCAACAAUCCGCAAGUCCUAUGACGAGUUGGGAUCUAUGUCUUUUCCAGAAAUCGUUGUUUUGAUCCACUUCAUCGUUCUUGUCAUUUUGUGGUUUUUCCGGCAACCACCUUAUAUCGAUGGAUGGGGAGCUCUUUUCAAACCUGGAUUUGUCGGGGAUUCCGCUGCAGCUCUUUUGAUAGUUCUAUCAUUAUUUUCCUUUCCAUCUGAACGUCCGGCAGUUCUUUGUUUUCGAAGGAAAAAUCCUUUUCCUGGAGACAAUCGACCACGCAAAUCAGUACCCGCUAUUUUAGACUGGCCCACAGUCGAAAAGAAGUUUCCAUGGGGCGUUUUAUUGUUGAUUGGAGGAGGAUUUGCCCUCGCUGAUGCAUGUGAGAAAUCCGGAUUAUCAGCAUUCAUUGGUGAGCAGUUAGAGGUGUUUAGUAGCAUGCCCCCAUGGGCCAUGAAUCUUCUACUUACAUUGAUUAUAGCAAUGCUAACAGAAGUCACAAGUAAUUCGGCGACUACAACACUCAUCCUUCCUAUUCUUGCAAACUUGGCCCUCCGACUUAAUUUGAAUCCUUUGUACUUGAUGUUUCCUUGUGUGAUAGCCGCUUCCUUUGCCUUCAUGCUUCCGGUAGCGACACCUCCCAACGCCAUUGUUUUUGCAACGGGUCAUUUGUCAGUAAAAGAUAUGGCGUUGGCUGGUUUUCCGUUGAAUUUUAUUUGUAUUGGGGUCCUGGCACUGGCAACAAACCUGUGGGGAGAGGCCUACUUCAAACUAAGCGUUCUGCCGUCGGGAUUUAACCGCACAGAACUCAACACGACAAGCAAUAUGAUUAACAUGUAGCAGAGGGAAUGAAUGCAUUCGAACUUUUCCAUGAAUUAUAAACUUUUUAAAGACUGUAUAAUUAAGAUGACUUUUUAUUAGAAUAUGUUUAUGUAGCGAUUAUAUACAUUAAGCAUAUUACAAUGUACGUAAAUAUAAAUUUUUAUAUAGCUUUAUUAUAAAAAAAAUAAUAUUUGAAGUAAACAUAACAACUGCAUGAUA